AGUUGAAUAGUGUAUUCUUUGACUGAACAGGUACGGCAGCUCCUUCGACGUUAGCCUUUUGUAAAUUGGUACUAUGCCUUGUAGUACAGUCUGUAGACGUUGCUGCAAUGGCGAUCCAUCCCACAAAAAGGACAGUGCAUGGGCUUGGAUGGUUUGUUUCGCCGCUGCGACAAAUCUCGCUUUCUCUAGUGGUUUAGUCUAUAGCUUUGGGGUUCUUUUACCCGUGUUCAUGGAUUAUUUUAAAGAAAGCAGGGAGACUACAGCCUGGAUUGGUUCAAUAUCAAUUGCCCUGUGCUUGUUCUUUGGACCUUUUGCAAGUUCUCUCAUAAAUUGGCUUGGCUGCCGAGCAGUAGCCAUUACUGGAUGCCUGACUUGCUCAAUCAGUUUAACAAUAGCCUCGUUUGCUAAGAGCUUGAUCAUCUUGUAUCUUACUUUUGGAGUUCUUGGUAUUGGUGCAAGCUGCGUUUUUGUCUCAAGUUUAGGAAUCGUUCCGAGAUGUUUUGACAAACGAAAAUCAAUUGCGAUUGGAAUCGCCUCAACCGGUCAAGGUGUGGGUACAAUGAUUCUUAGCCAAGUUCUUCAAUCUCUCGUGAACGCUUUCAGCUGGAGAAACGCAUUACGGACUGUCGCAGGUGGUUUGGUCAUAAACGGCUUGCUUGGUCUCUUGUACAAUCCAGUGACAGAACAUGUAAGCAGCGGUGAGUUACUGUCAAGGAAAGAGGAAAAACGGGAAUCCAAACGCUUCACAUUCCAUUUCUCAGUGUGGAAGCUUCCUCGUUUUCUUGUGCUGGCCGUCACUGGGUUUUUCUUUCAGCUAAGUCGCUCCACCAUGUACGUGCAUUUGGUCAAAUACUCUGAAGACCGUGGAAUGUCUUCUGAUGCGUCGGCUAGACUUAUUCUCUUUCUGGGAAUCAAUGUUGUUCUUGGUCGCUUCGCAGGUGGUUUUCUGUGUUCCAUCAAAAGGUUGGACAACUUGUACGUCUUACAGAGCAUGUUGCUGUUAAACGGUGUUUCAACAAUACUCCUUACUUUGGCACAGAAGUACGAAGCGCUUGUCGCCUACUCCGUUGUAUUUGGUUUUGGUGACGGGGUAAUGGCCUCAGUUUUUAAUAUCCUAAUUCUGACAUGCGUAGAUCCUUCAAGAGCUGCGUCAUCGUUUGGAUACUUUCUGUUAAUUGCAUCCGUGACGUCACUGGCUGGACCUCCAAUAGCAGGUCUGACCGCUGACAAACUUGGAUCAUACGGGCCCGCAUUCUACAUGGUCGGGGGUGCAUUUGCUGCGGCUGCGUUAACUCCAAGUAUAUUGUUCUGUGUUAAAAAUAAGGAGAUAAAGAAGAAAGAAUUACUUCCAAGUAACAAAGAAAACACGGAAGAUGCUCAAGAAUUUAAAGAGCGGAACCUUCACUAUGAACUUCGUGUGGACAAACCUUCGAAAAUAACACAUAAUUUUAGGAAACCAGUCGUACUUGGUCAUGAACUCUUUGUUUCCACAGUAUAAAUAUUCAAACCCGGCAUUUAAUGAGCUUGUCACGCACUUUUGCGCGAAUUUUCUUCGCCGUUUUCUGGAUGGGUCACGCAAAUGCUUCCCAAUAUAUUAACAAUUUGACGGUUAUUUGAUUUGGUUAGGGUUUUUUUUUUCAUAAGUUUCAGGCUACUUAUUCCUACUCAAAGGGAGUAUUUAAGAAAUCUACAUUGUUUUCCGUCAUUGUUCAUCGGGACUUCGGCAUGGUGUCCCCAGUGCUACCGAGAGAGCUGGUCUGAUCUCAUCCCUCUCUUUAGAUGAGAGUAAGGCAUGGAAUUCUAGCUUUGCCAGACAAUCUAAGAUCAAUGACAAAAAAGGGCCAUUUAAAAUUCAGAAAGGAGAGUCAAAAUUGUAGUGAUUCUCAUUAUUUUACGAUUUAUCUUUGGAAUUACAUGUAUCUCUUCGUGUAUUUAUUAAUUAAUCAAUGAAUUUAUUAAUUUAUUAAUUUAUUUUCUCGGUCUAUUAGCAGUACAAGCUGGAGGCCUAGCAAUCCUUAUGUAAAGCCAAGAAUAAAUAAAGUUUAUUAAUAAGUA